AUGGCAAGACUAAGGAGGGAUCUACGGGACAAGAGGAAGUACUACCAACAAGAAAAGACAGCUCCUGAAAGAAGGGAUUUACGGGACAAGAGGAAGUACUACCAACAAGAAAAGACAGCUCCUGGAAGAAGGGAUUUACGGGACAAGAGGAAGUACUACCAACAAGAAAAGACAGCUCCUGAAAGAAGGGAUUUACGGGACAAGAGGAAGUACUACCAACAAGAAAAGACAGCUCCUGAAAGAAGGGAUUUACGGGACAAGAGGAAGUACUACCAACAAGAAAAGACAGCUCCUGAAAGAAGGGAUUUACGGGACAAGAGGAAGUACUACCAACAAGAAAAGACAGCUCCUGAAAGAAGGGAUUUACGGGACAAGAGGAAGUACUACCAACAAGAAAAGACAGCUCCUGAAAGAAGGGAUUUACGUGACAAGAGGAAGUACUACCAACAAGAAAAGACAGCUCCUGAAAGACAGAUGAGACUUGAUCUGCAUCGUGAUGCUAAACAGAAAUACCAAAAAUAA